CGGAACCUUCGCGCGGAGUUCGAGCGUUUCCGGCCGGCUCCCUUUCCCAGGGACGCCGCCGCCCCUCGCGCCCCCGCGCCCGCGUCCCCAGUCCCCGCGUCCCCGGCGCCGCCGGCCCGGAGCUGCCCGGAAGUCUCGGUCCCGGCGUCGGCGCUCGCCAGAGGAAGCCCGGGGCCGCCCGGGACCUCGGCCUGCUCCUCCGGACCCGAGAGGCCGCUGCACCGGCUGCCGCUCCAGAUGCUGCUGCUGCCGCCGCGGCCACCCCACCCUCGGUCCUCCUCUCCGGAGGCCAUGGACCCACCGUCCCCCAAGGCUCCCCCUUUCCCCAAGGCGGAAGGCCCCUCCUCCACUCCUUCCUCGGCGGCAGGGCCCCGACCCCCGCGGCUGGGCCGCCACCUACUCAUCGACGCCAACGGGGUCCCCUACACAUAUACGGUGCAGCUGGAGGAGGAGCCCCGGGGACCGCCCCAGCGCGAGGCGCCCCCGGGAGAGCCCGGCCCUCGCAAGGGCUACAGCUGCCCAGAGUGCGCCCGUGUCUUUGCUAGCCCUCUGCGGCUGCAGAGCCACCGUGUAUCGCACUCGGACCUCAAGCCCUUCACGUGCGGCGCCUGCGGAAAGGCCUUCAAGCGCUCCAGCCACCUGUCGCGGCACCGCGCCACGCACCGUGCCCGCGCCGGCCCACCGCACACCUGCCCGCUCUGCCCACGCCGCUUCCAGGACGCCGCGGAGCUGGCGCAGCACGUGCGCCUCCACUAAGCUCGAGACCCGGCCUGUGCUGCCCUGCCCCUCUCUGGGCCACCAAGUCUGACCCACACAGCGUCACUCCCACACACACUCCCUGGUUCUGAGGUUACUGCCUUAUUCUGGGCCUCAGUUUCCCCAUCUUCCAAAAGGAGAAGCAUCAUUCUUUCCCCCUUUUUCUAGCUGUGUGAUGUAGACCAAAGUCAUUGCCCUUCCCUGGACCUGGGAGCCAGUCGGAACUGGGUUCCGGUCCAGCUGUGCUGUGAGCCUUUGCAAGUGAAGUGACCUCUCUGUGAGCCUUGGUUUUCUGCUAUCUGAAGUGGUGAACCGGUUGUUGUCCUAGAGGAGAAGAGAUAACAAAAGAGCACGGGCACGGUCUGGUUCAUUUCUGUAUCUCCCCCACUUCUGCUCACGACCUCCACCCUUUGCUCAAUAAACAUUCCGCACUCCA